ACACCUAGCAGUCAGGAGCCGGAAGUUUAUUUUUCGCGCCUGCUCACGCAAAAAUGAAAGUUAACAAUACAUGUCGGCUAUUUGUUCUCUGAUAAGUAGACAAUUUCAGAAAGUGUCAUCGAAAUAUACAUCGUAGUAUUGACCAUGUUGACCUGGAGGUUUUGUUUGCCCAUUUUGGUGGUAAUGUUAAUACUUGACCCUUUACCAAGCUGUAUGUCAGAUGAUCCAUUGGCUAAAGGGGAUGAGGAAUACAUUGAUCCAUUUGAUAUGGAAAAUUUUCAGCAUCCAUCUACAAAAAAGUCUCCGCAACAAAAAAAGUCCAUUCAAGAUGUUGAUGAGAAUUUAAUGCCAGCAAAUUCUGCUGAACCAACCACCAAAGCUACACCUAAGUCAUCUCCUCCUGUUUCCACUGUGCCACCACCUGUCAAAUCAGAAGAAAAUGGAGGAAAGAGUUGUGAUAAUCCUGAUUCAAAGUCACAGUCAAAUAUAUUGUUUCGAAAUUAUGUCAAGUUUUUACUUGGAAAAUUUCGUGGAAAACUGUCACAGUCAUCAUCAACAGAAGAAUUCCUGUUGUGGAUAAAACUGUCGGGAGAAGAUGUGAAUAAUCUUGAAAUAUUUGCCGCCGGUCAGUCUGAUAAUGUUCAUGAUGCUCAUGAAAUAUUGACCUCCAUGUUAAAAAGAGUCACAAAGUCCCAUUAUGGGACAACAGACAAAAUGCAGGCAUGGUUCCAGGAGAAGUUUGGUGUCUCCAUGUGGGACAUAAUCAAAGUUCUCACUAUGAUAGCAUUGGUGUGUGUUACCAUGGCAGCAGGAAUUAACAUACGACUGACUUGGCGUCAGUUUGUCCUUAAAGCAUGUAUCCUGGCCUUCCUGAUUAGUAUUCCAAUGACCUGGUAUGAACUCUUUAAGGCGGCAGAGAUCCAGCAGCAGACUGUUGCCAUGAAGGAUGCACCACCAGAGUGUGUGAGAGAUAAAGAAGAUGUAGAUGAUGGUGUACUUGACAACUGGUUUGGUGUGGCUCAAUCAGCAUUCCGUCAAUUGUUCACAUUUGAAAAAGACAAUUGUCAGAAAUACUAUGAACACAUGCUGAUAAGCCCAUUUCUGAAGGUACCACCUACAAAGGCCUUAGCUGUGACAUUUGUCCGUUUUUUCGUGUCCCCGUUAAAGGAUGUUGGUGAAGCUUUAGGAGAGUUCCUUAGAGCCUUACUUAUUGACCUACCUAUAACAAUGUAUCCGAUAGCCAUUAUUGCAGUGACUUUAUUCUUAUUCCUCUUUCUGUUUAUGUGGAUGGGCUACAGUAUUCGUCUGCCAUUCUUUUUGUCAAUUGAGCCCGGUCAACCAGCUGUUGCAAGUGGAGACACAGGUACUCAGGAAGCAAUAGAGGAGCAUAGCAAAGAAUUACAGAACCAGAUGACGGCUAUCCAAGAAGCACUGGUUAAUCAGGAAGAGAAGGUUAUGGAGAGGAUCAUGCACAUGGAGAAAGUCCAGAUGGCUGCUAUUGAAUAUGGUGCAUCAUUACAACAGCAGGGUGCAGGGGACCGCCUUCCUACCCUACCACAGAGAGGAAGUAAUCCCCCAGCGACCCAACAAAUGUCAAUAGAGGCCCCAGAGCAUGAUGUGGAGAGAAGUUUAUCGUCAGCCUCAUCAGGAGGUAGCAUUGUUGAGCUUUAUCCUAACAUGGAAAAUAUAGAGAUUAAAACACCAAUUCCAUGUUCUGAGGUAACUGAUUCAGAAAACUGGACGCAGAUUACAAAUGCUGACAUAGUAAAAAAUGAGGAGGAUGGAGGUGUUAAAACAGACACCGGUUCCUCUCCACCGGUAGCUAGUACUGGUGAGGGAACAGCCACAACUCCUAGUCCUACACAACAGUCUAAUGAGGUUGUGACACUUCAACCAGCAGGUCUUAUCAGUCCUGAACCCUCUUGAUUGUCUUCCUUAUUCCUUUUCCAUCAGUAUUGAUUUAGGUUGUUUUGCUUAUUUGUUUUCAUGAAUAUAGGUGCAUUAUCUCCCUUGAACAACUUUAAUAGUUACGUUUCAUGUUAAUCUCAUUCACAGUUUGUUCCAUUGUCUAAUUUGAAGUUAUUAGCCCAGCUACAUUCCAUUUGUAUUUUGUUUUGUUUUGGUUUUUUUUCGCUGAAGCAACAUAAUAAUUUUCAUUUCCCAAGUAUAUUUGUAAUGCUGCCUCAGUAGGUAUCAAAAGCAGAUCACAAACUGUACAAAUGAGUUGAGAUUUGAGGGUUGAGGAGGUGGACUGUUCUGUAAUGCUACUAAAAUAUUGUGUACAGUUUUCUGGAUUCACCAGAUUAUUUGAAAGAAAAGUACUCUUACGUCUGAUACUUAAUACAUAUGUAUUACCUAGAUGGUUAUUACCAUCAUUUCGUAGUAAAACAAUACCUUGACAAUUGAAAUUCCCUUACUACUUAAUAUUCCAGAAUUACCAGUACCCAGCACUGUCAAAAAGGAAUAUUUAAGAAAACUGGAAAAACAGCUGUUGAUUUAUCAAAUCUGUAGUGGAUAUUGGUAUUGGAUUUCUUAUUCCAUAUCAUUAUGUAGAUAAUAAUGAAAGAAUGUAUUUAGAAAAAUGUCUAAUAGACAUGCAUAAAUGUUGGAAGACCCCUUUGAAUAGCAGUACAUCACAUACAUUGUCAUUUUUUUUUCUAUGUAUGUAUUCAAACCGAAACAGUCUUCUUAAUGAUAUUUUUUUUAUAUCAAACUAAUUUCAUGCUGAAUUGUUCAUAAUCAAAACAGUUUAAGAAGCAGGGUAUGUGAGAUGUACAGAUUUAAAUAUCUGUGCUUGAUUCCCUACACAAAGUGCUGGGCAUAAAGACAUUGACACAGAAUGUUGUAUAAUUUAGUCAGAGGAAAAUGUUGCUUGUGAUACAACAAAUUUGGUUUAUAGAUUGGACUUGGCAAUUCUUUAUUAACUCAUUUAUCAAGUGUAUAUUUAAUUUGUGAAUGCUAACUUCUACAUAUUUAUGAGAUUUUGUAUACAUGUAUUAAGCUUAUAAUAUUGUGUUUAUCAAGCAAACUUAAGUUUGUUGGAGUAUUGUGUGUGAAAUAGGUCCAUGUGUUGUCUUGAUGCCAGUAAAACUGAAGAUGAUUUACUUUUGUAGCAUUAGAGCUUUAGGAAGGAUGAAAUUAGCAUCACUGUACAUAAUGUUAUGAUGUCAAAACAAAGUAAAAUGUUCAAGUUAAGAUA